GGUUGGUGGGCUGGUGGAGCUCAGCGCUGCAAAGUUGUCAAUCGGUCGAAGAACAUUCAAGUGAUUGGUUAUGUGCGUUUUCGAUUGUAGCUAAAAUUAAAAUAUUUGUUUUUAAAAGAUGUUAAAUAAGCGUAUCCACUUCCUCCACAUAAGUAAAUAAAGUAUAAAAGUUGCAAAGGGAUUUCAGUAAUUGGGUAAACAUUUACGCCAGCUGAGUGACAAAGUGUAUGAAUGUGUUGGGCAUUUUGGAGCCAAAAUCGUAGUUUUGCACAGUGAUGAUUGUAUGAAAAAUAACGCUAAAUUGUUAAUAAAAAAACAUUCAAUUAACGAAUGAUAAAUAUCAAUUGGUUUGAAUAAGUUAAUGAAUACAUUCCGAUAAAGUGCAUUCAACUGCGGCAAAAACCAACUGCGACCUAAUUAAAGCAACUGGACUGGAUCAGCUGGUACAGACAUAACCACUGCACAUUUGGUCUUCCAUCAUAUCACACAAGUGACGACAGUGCAGCAAAAGUGUCAGCCAUUUCAUCACCGCCUUCUUCCUAAAUGCCAAAGCAAGCGUUGGUGCGCGGAAAGCCCUCUUUUUAAUUAAUUCCGUUGAUUUUAGCUACAACAACUACAAUAAUAAUUGUUAACCUGCGCUCCGUAGUGGCACAAUGGAUCAUUCACAGCACAGUAUACACAAUCACGAACAUCAUGUUCUGGCCCUAGAUACUGCAACACCACUCGAUCAUGCCGCUACAUUAUUAUCCACCACCACUGUGAGCCCGCUGGAUGCGAUGGGUCAUGGCGGUCAUGUGGCCAUGAACGAUCAGCAUGCGAUGCAUCACAACCAUGAUCACGGUGCCAUGAAUAUGGAAGGAGCGAUGCAUCAUAUGAUGUCGAUGGCGUUCCACUUUGGCUACAAUGAGACUGUGCUCUUCUCCUGGUGGAAAUUUGACAGCAUCAUGGGCUUGAUUGGUUCGAUGAUCGCUAUAUUUGUAAUGGCUGUGCUUUACGAGGGCCUCAAGUACUACCGCGAGUACCUGUUCUGGAAGACCUACAAUUUGCUGGAAUACCGGCCGGUCACCGGACCGCAACGCAAUCCCGAGGAUCCGCAACGGAGUACGCCGUCGACGAGCGCCUCACCUGUGCAAUAUGUUGGCGAAGUCAUACACAAGCAACCUCCGACGAUGCUGUCGCUGAAUCACUUCUAUCAAACCGGUCUCCACAUCGUGCAGGUGACGCUCUCCUUCAUGCUGAUGCUGAUCUUCAUGACGUACAACGUUUGGCUCUGCAUUGCCGUGGUGCUGGGCGCCGCUGUGGGCUACUUCCUGUUCUGCUGGCGGAAGUCGGUGAUUGUCGAUGUAACGGAACACUGUCACUAGCAAUGUUUAAAAUGUGAAAGGCGCUUCGCUUGGAUGCGCUGCCUUUGGCCAAGGCAAAUUGGCAAUACUAAUUAUCAGCAUCAGCAGCAACAACAACAACAUCAACCGCAGCAGCAACAGCAAAAUCAACAUCAACAAACUAUCGCCACCACAUCAGCAACAACAACAACAACAGCAUACAGCGCCAGCAGCAGAUUGAGCAACUGCACACGCGCCAUCGACAGUCGCGACGGACAGAACAACGGCGACGGCUACGUUGGGCGUAGAAACGGUGGCGCAACCUGCAAGGCAACAGCCAACACGCUAAUGAACAACGCCGGCGGUAGUGUACGCUGUGCGCGCUACGUAAAGCGUUCCACAACCGAGCCCGGGCAGCGCGGCAUGCAAGUGACCAUGGCCAACCACAACCAAAAGGACUAUGAUAUCUACUACUACGAGCGUGAUGAGUACGAGGAUGAGACAGUAAUCAUCGAUACGAUUGCCGUGACGGCCACCACCACCACACAGCUCAUGGAGAGCGGUUGCGGCAGCGUUGGGGCUAACUGUCAGAAAUGUCGAAAUAUUAAAAUUCUACUAAGACUAAGUUUAAGAUAUUUUUAUGAUAUAAACUGUGAAAUUGUUAAGAACACCAUUUAAGGGAACAAACACACACAAAACCAUUAGCAACAACAACAACAACUGAAACAAAAUCACAAUAAUAAUGAUAGCUAGCAAGUGCGGGAAGACAAAAUGAGUAUAACGAGAAAAAAGUUAGCAAUAGCUAGUGUAUCUAGUAGUUUAUAGGCAAGUGAUAGCGCGCGCGCAGUCGUACGUCGGCGGGUGGAACUUAAGAAGCAUAAAGUGAAAUAUUUUUACACGAACUAGUUGUACGAUUGUUUAGGUGUAAUUAGAAAUUUGUAAAAUGCAAUUUUCGUGAGAUAAAUGCUCGUUUGCGGAUCGCCUGGUGCUAUGCAUACGUUGACCUUCGACUAAAUCGAGCAAACAAAUGUACUUUCGAUAAUUUACUACUUUUUCGUUUAUUAAAUAGCGAUUGUGUAUUUUUUUUUUGCUAAUAUUUACUAUUUUGAGUUUGAAGUUUCCUCAGCGGUACGAUGUUGUUGCCACUUAAUGGCGUUUCUAUACAAUAUUUCAAUAAUUUAUGCCUGCAAACACAAACAUACAUACUGCACACAUGUACAACAUAUACACACAUGUUACUAGCUUAUAGAUUUUUUAAUUUAUAUAUUUUGCCUUUUUUUAACACAUUAUUGUAGUAUUUAAUUAUAUUUUGUCGGAUUUUUUAAACAAAGUUUUACACGCAUGUAUUAGGUCGCAAAGUUUACCAAGCAAUUUGUUAUAGAAAGUGAGGCUGCAGCAUAUUCCUACAUAAAAUCCAGUAAUAAUAUUUAAUAUUGUACAUACAUACAUACAACUCUAUAAAAAUUGAAAUAAGAAGAAUUUGUUACAGUCGCGAGCGUAAAGUGCAGCAAAUGUUACUGUAUAUUGCAUGUUAAGUUUGGUUUAAGUAAAAAAAUUGUGCUAUAAAAUUUUACAACGCAUUUUAUGUAAGAAAAGAAACCUACUAAACAUAGUAUGCAUAUAUAUAUAUAUAUAUAUGUACGUAUUAUAAAGAUAUAUUGAAUGUGAAGCCAACACUAACUAACAUUGUAUUGUAAAAUUGUUUUUGAAUAUUGAGGCGAAUGUUAAUCCUACUGCAAGCAUACAUACAUACAUAUACUCACCUAUAUACAUACAUACAAAAAUUCAUAUGCGUAAAUUUUUCAAACUUACUGUGUAUACUUCAAAUAAAGCCCAAAAUAUCCUUUAAGCCCAAAA